GCGGGCAGUCGGCGGCCAGACGGCCGGGAGCGCGCGGGGAUGCGUCCGGCGUCGGAGACCCUCCGUGGCAGGGCGAGGCCUGGGGGCCGUUCGGGGGGCGCCACGACCGCCCCCGGGAACAGUACAGGCACGUGCACCCAAGUGCAGCCGCCCCAGAGGGGUACCCUCCAAGUGCUUCGCGGCGAUGGGGCCUCUGUGGGGACUGUCGUCGUGUUCCACUGCCCCUCAGGACACCAGAUGGUGGGGUCUGGCCUCCUCACCUGCACCUGGAAGGGGAGCGUCGCUGAGUGGUCCUCAGGGACCCCUGUGUGCAGAGCUGUGACGCCCCACGAGACCUUCGGCUUCAGGGUGGCUGUGAUCGCCUCCAUCGUCAGCUGCGCCGUCAUCCUGCUCAUGUCCAUGGCCUUCCUCACCUGCUGCCUCUUGAAGUGCGUGAAGAGGACCGAGCAGCGGCGCUUCGACAGAGCGGCCCAGCUGUGGCUCCAGCUGCGAGGCGAAGACUUGGAGACGCUGCAGGCCGCCUACCUGGGCCUCCCGGGCCUGAGGAACAGCAGCGGCAGUGCGGGGCCCAGAGGCCAGCCUGGCCGGGAGCGUGACCACCACAGCUUCACCACAGACCUCGGUGAGCGCACCAGAGCGCUGGCUGCUGUGGCCUGCUGCGUGGACAAGGACCCCUGGGCCCCCGGCAGUGCCGCCUGCUCACCCUGGGCCCCGGUGGCAGUGCACAGUGAGCCCCGGGCAGACCCCGCCUGCCCCCGGGCCCACCGCUGCAAUGCCCAGACAGCCCGGGCCCGAGCCGCCCUCCACGCCGGGGCGACCCGGCCGACCCAUCAGCUGGCCACCUGUGUUUCGACGUGUGUCCAGCUCGAGGCGGGCCAGUGAAGGAAGCGCCUGGUUCCGGGAGCCCCGGGCCUGGUGCUGAGCUGGGAGUGCCCUGUGCGGCCGGGCUCCUGGGAAUCGCCCUGAGGCGGGCAGAGCAGCUGCAGCCCCAGCCAGGGACCUCAGAGGCUGGACAGAGGACAUCUGCUCCGCACAGCCAGGAGGGAGGACAGCCACGUCGGGCAGUCCCAGCGUGAAGCUGCCCCGCAGGGAGCGCUCCUUCCAGGGACUGUCAGGCUGCGGUGAGGGUGCGAAGUAAACGGUUCUCACACUGA